AUGGGCAUAGCCUUCGACUCCGCGCCCGACAGGCCCGAACACAUCGAAGCCAUCCUCAACGGUCUCGACCGAUACAAUCCCGAAACGACGACCAUAUUCCAAGACUAUGUCACACAGCAGUGCGAGGACCGCACCUAUGACUGCUAUGCGAAUUUGGCGCUGCUGAAGCUCCCUCACCGUCUUCCCGGCCCCGGACUUCGCCCUCUGCCUCCACCUCCUCCCGCCCCACAUCCUCUCCCUCCCCUCCCCCUCCCCCCCCCCCCCGCCCCCUCCUCCAACAACAACAAUCCCACCACCGCACCGGCGGCGCCCCCUUCCACCCCGGACGCCCCGCUCGCCGAAGCCGUGCGCAAGCUCGCCCGCCUCAACGCCCGCCUCGAGCGCUGCGCCUACCGCGACUUCUGGGACCUCCUCGACUCGGACGACCUCUACGCCGACCUCGUCGCCGACGUCAACGGCUUCGAGGAGCUGAUGCGCGUCCGCAUCGCCGUCACCGUCGGCCAGGGCUGCCGCGCCGUCGAGCGCCCCGUCGCCGAGGGCUGGCUGAAUCUGCGCGGGCAAGACUUCGAGGCCUUCGUGCGGGAGAUUUGCGGGUGGGGGGUUGAUGAUGGGGGGGGGAGGGGAGGGGGGAGGGUGGUGGUGCCGGUUAAUAAGGAGAAUGAGGCCAAGGGGACGGUGGUGAGGGAGGAGGUCCGGUUCGAGCAGUUUGGGAGGGUGGUCAGGAGGGCGUAUGAGCAGCCGGCUUGA